AUGUCGCCUUUGUCCGCGGCGCGGGCGGCCCUACGGGUGUACGCGGUGGGCGCGGCGCUGAUCGUGGCGCAGCUGCUGCGCCGCUGCGUCCGGGGCUUCGUGGAGCCAGGUCAGCGGCCGGGGAGGCGGCGAGGGGCCGGGGCCGCGCGGGCCGGGCGGAGCUGCUGGGGGCUGGCCGGGGACCGCGCCGCCGGGCCUGGGGCGCGCCCUCCGCCCCUGGAGGGGACCCCCAGGUUUGGGGCGGAGCUGGGAAUGGGCGCGGGGAGGCGGGCGCGUCGGGCGCUCCCGGAAGCAGGGCCGGGCGGCCUUGGCGGUGGGAGGAGGCGCGCCCUCUCCAGCGCCCCGCCCGCUCCGCGCGUCCCGGGGGCCGGGGUCGCCCGGGGGUCCCGCGCGCCCUGGCCGGGGGUGGGGGUGGGGUCGCAGGUUCGUGCGCGCCGCGUCGGGCGCUCCCGGAAGCCGGGCCCGGCGGCCUGGAGGGUUGGCUUGAGGGGAAGGCUCUCCCUCCCCAGCGUCGCGGGGGCUGGGGUCUCUGCAGGGGAUCCGUGCGCGCCCCAACCGCGGCGGGAGCCCCCCCAGGGGUCCCUGCGCUCUGCAGACCCGCAUCCCGGAGGGAGGCGGGGGGCGCCCGAGAUCCCGGCCCCCCGCAGGCUUCAGUAG